AUGGCCGAAGAAAAAGAGUCAUCGUCGGUUCCUCUGAGUCAGGCUGAGAAUGGUAUUCUGGAUCCCGAAGAUCCAGCCAAGUCUCCUCCAAGCUCCCCCAAUUCCUCUACUCGUAAGGCUUGCUGCUUUGUUCUCCAAAGUUGGGUCUCAAAGAAGUUUAUGACUGGAUGUGUAGUUCUUUUUCCUGUUGCUGUUACGUUCUUUGUUACAUGGUGGUUUAUUCAGUUUGUUGAUGGUUUCUUCAGUCCACUCUAUGCUCAGCUUGGCAUCGACAUCUUCGGACUUGGAUUUGUCACAUCCUUACUUUUUGUAUUCUUUGUUGGUGUUUUUGUUUCAUCGUGGAUGGGUGCCACUGUUUUCUCGCUUGGAGAAUGGAUCAUAAAGAAAAUGCCUUUUGUUAAGCAUAUCUACUCUGCCUCCAAACAAAUUAGUGCUGCAAUUUCUCCAGACCAGGAGUCAAGAGAGGGGUUUGGUGAGUUGGACCAUUGUGAGACCAUGCUCUCCGGAAUGACUUCUCCAUGUCAAGACCAGUCACAUGAUGCUGAGGUGGUGUUAUAA